AUGCAUGUGGGCAUGUGCAAGAGGUUCGUGGUUGGUGAGCAGGUGCUCAUGAGGGACAACAAGCCAGUGACCAAGCUGCAAGACCGUUGGUUGGGACCUAUGGUAGUAAUGCAGGUAAACAAGAAUGAUACUUACUUGCUGGCGGGUCCAAACUACUUGAGGCUACAAGGCGCGGUGAAUGCAUUGAGCUAUGAUUCCAGAGGUUCAAGUCAAGAGAGCAUAACAACAAUUCCAGGCAUAGUUGAGUCGUGUUACUUCCACUCCCAUGGCCUCAGCCUAGACGGGAAGGAUUUGUCACGUGUGUUGUGGGCAGGCCCGGCUUUUGGCCAUGUUGUGGUGUCUGGUACCAGAAGACUUGUUACUACUACUGCCACUACCACUCCCACUUUUACUACUAGCAAGGCCACUUGCCAGACCACUAGCUCCAGAGUAUAUGGCAUUAGAUCAGAUAAAAGAGAUAUACACUGGAAAAAUAAGGACUAUUAA